UCUAAGGGGUUUCCCGCCCACUGUUUACUUUCGUUUAACUGGUUUAUAUGGCCCUGGUUUUGUCUUGAACGCUGUGCGACAUUUAUCAUUAUUCAUUAAUAUUAUAAAUUUUAAGUUACCGUCAUGAGGCGGUCAACAAGAAUUUCCAGAAGUGGAACUUCGCCACAAGAGGAAGAAAGCCAGUCUGAAAAGGUGUGGCAGUGGCAAGGCAAUGAAGGGCAGUGGGAGACAUACUCUCCAUCAGACUGCGUCCUCCUUAAUUCGGCUGUGGCCUCGGGGGAAACCUCCGUGUCCCUGAGUCUAGGUUCAGGAACUGUCUACCUGGUGGACCUGAAGAAGAUGGUCCAGGUCAACACCGUCACCAAAUACAAGCGAAAGAUCCGCUCACAGAUGCUAACAACAGUGUUUCCAGAAAGUUCCAACAAUACCGGGGAAGAUCCGAGUGCUCCCAAUGGUGGUCCAGUUGAGGUAGAACAGGAAGAGGAGGUUAAAGAGGAAGUAGAGGAAAGCGAGAAGCCACCCAUUGGAAGCAAGAGGAAACGUAGCGGGAGCCAGUCCAGCACCACAGACAAGCGACUCAAGGAAGAGACGCAGAGCGAAGGUGGAUUUCAUUUUCACUCCAGAGGUUGUGAAGACGGUGGUCAUGAAGGGCAAAGCUCCAGUGGACUCGGAAUGCAAAACCAAGCUUGGAAAGUGUCUUCCGGGCAGGCUCACGUUUACAGCGAAGGAGUGGAUGUUUACGACGUGAUGCUGAACCAAACCAACCUCCAGUUUAACAACAACAAAUAUUACCUGAUACAGCUGCUUGAGGAUGACGCAGCCAAGGUGUUCAGUGUGUGGAUGAGGUGGGGCAGAGUGGGCAAAGUGGGGCAGUCCAGCUUGAUUUCCUGCGGAGGAGAUCUGCUGAAGGCUAAAUCUUUCUUUAAGAAGAAGUUCUUUGAAAAGACCAAAAACGUAUGGGACCAAAAGGAAGUCUUUGAGAAGGUGGCUGGAUUGUAUGAUAUGGUCUACAUGGACUACAACACAAGCUCAAAGGUAGAGGAGAAGCAGACUCCUGCAGCUGUCGAAAAGGCAGAGAAGACGUCCAAACUACACAUAAAAGUCCAGUCUCUACUUGAACUCAUCUGUGAUGUCAAAGCCAUGGAAGAGGUGGUGCUGGAGAUGAAGUUUGACACUCGCAAAGCUCCCCUUGGCAAGCUGACUGUGGAACAGAUUAGCGCAGGCUACACUGCACUCAAGAGGAUCGAGGCAUGUCUGAUGAGGAAAGAUGGAGGCCGUGACCUGGUGGAAGCCUGCAACCAGUUUUACACACGUAUCCCGCAUGACUUUGGGCUGAAAAGGCCGCCUCUCAUUCGGACAGAAGAAGAGCUGAAGAAAAAGAUCGAGUUGUUAGAGGCCCUGAGCGACAUCCAGAUUGCAGUGAAAAUGGUGGAGAGCAGCAGUGACGACGACGACGAGCUUCCUCUAGACCGAUAUUACCGUUCCCUCAAUUGCCUGCUGGAACCCCUGGACCCACUGAGCCAAGAAUACAAUGUGAUCAAAAAGUACUUGUAUUCCACUCACGCAUCCACACAUAACAACUACACGAUGAGCGUGCUGGACAUCUUCGCAGUGGACCGAGAUGGCGAAAGUAGCCAGUUUCUGUCGCACAUCCACAAUAGGAUGUUGCUGUGGCACGGGUCUCGUCUCUCCAACUGGGUGAGCAUUCUCAGCCAGGGUCUCCGAAUCGCGCCUCCCGAAGCUCCCAACACAGGGUCCAUGUUUGGAAAAGGCAUCUACUUUGCCGACAUGUCGUCCAAGAGUGCCAACUACUGUUUCGCGAGUGACCACAACCGUGUCGGACUACUGCUGCUCUGCGAGGUCGCGCUUGGAAACAGUAAUGAGCUGCUGAACGCGGAUUACCACGCCAACAACCUGCCGGAGGGCAAACACAGCACCAAGGGCAUUGGGCGGACUGGACCAGACCCUCAAAAUUUUGUCACACUUAACGGCAUAACGGUGCCGAUGGGUCCAGGUGUGAAAAUCACGCCCAGUGUGGCUUCAUCGCUCCUUUACAACGAGUACAUCGUGUACAACCCAGCCCAAACACGCAUGCGCUAUCUGCUGAGGGUCCACUUCAAUUACGAUGAUGAUUGUAAUUGGUGAUCGCAACACUUACAUUAAUGUGUCUUUACUUGUAUUGGAACAUCUUACUGCUGCUAAUUGAUGUGCCUCACAAGAAGGAAUUUCUCAGUGAAUUCAGCUUUUAUCGUCUAUUAACAACAUGAAAAUGUGCACAUGAAAUAUGAUUUACUGUAGAUAGAUAUUAAAGUUGGGAAAAGUUUUUGAACAAUUCCGGUCAAUUCUUUUACAUAAAAAAAUUGAACAGUAUUUGUAGAAUUAUAGCCAUAGGCUUCAUACCCUUCUCCAGAACGCCUGACAUUAAUAUAUAUGCAUAUGUAAAACUGGAGUAGGCCUGAACGAUAUUGGAAAAAAAUUAUUGUGAUUUUUGGGGGGUUUGCGAUAUUAAAUAUUGAAGAAUUUUCACCAGAUAACUUGAAUACCUCUGUUUGGGAUAGGCCUGAAUGAUAAUGGAAGAAAUUAACAUUGCGAUAUAUACACUAUAUUGCGAAGGCUCCACACUUACUUUUUGCAUUGGUUGUACUAGUGCGCCUAACUUUUUCCUUAAGGUGCACCAAAUUGUAGGCGCAUCCACAUUUUUCAUUGCAUCACCUUUAAUGCCAUACUUUUCAUCACUCUCCAUAACAUUCAUAUACCGUGAUUAAUUAAUUCAACUUCCUUACAAGUGUCGCAGGGGUGCUGGUCACAGCUAACUGCAGGCAGAAGGCGGGGUACACCCUUAACUUGUUGCAGGACAUAUAUAGACACUCAACCAUUCAUGCACACACUCACAUCUAUGGACAAUUUGGGAUGUUCAAUUAGCAGGAACCCUCAGAAAACCCAAGAUGGCAUUGAACAUGCAAACUCCACACAAGGAGGCCAGAGAGGAUUGAAUCCACGAUCCCAGAACUGUGAGGUGAACGUGCUAACCACUGUUCCACCGUGCAGCCUUCAGAAUGUGAUUUUUUUUUUAACACAAAUAACUUGAAAAAAUUCUUGUCUUUAUUAAAUGCUUCAUCGGGUGAGUCCUCUCAGCCUCCACACCUCCGUCCUGCUAAGGAGUGUUGACGAUGUUCAAACGAUAGAUUGUUCAGGCCUAAACUGGAGGAUUAGUCGUUAAAUAUAAGAUAAAACUAACGUACAGUGUACUUUUCAAAAAUUAUUUUAUACUAAUUUCAGGCAUUUAGAUAAAAAAUGGAUUUCUAGCCAAAAUUAAGGACAUGUAGUUAAAAAUGCAUUAAAGUAACAAAACCAGUAAAAGAAAAAAAAAACUGUCAUAAGGAGGGAAUACUGUAGAGGUCGGAAGGGUUUUUCAGUACCGAUACCGAUUAUUUGUGUAAAAAAAGUGUAAAAAUUGGUGGAAAAAAUGAAUAAUGCAAACACUGAACUUCAUUGAAAAGCCUAAAGCAUGUUUAUUGAAUCACACAAAUAGAAAAUAAUAGCUCCAGAAGUGCCUGAAUGUCCUAGACUCAGAAACAUCUCUUAUAAAGUUGAAAAAAAGGUUAAAUAUAUAGCUCUCUGAAAACUUUCCACAGAAAAUAUAUAACCACGAAUAUAAAAACAGGUCUCAUGGACACACUAAUCAUAGAAAUGACAAAUAUACAACCCAGUUUUAAAUUGAUUUUUUUCAUAUCGGUUGGUCGGAUUUAUGGAGAAAAAAAAAGGCUGACACCUAGAUUUGUCAAAUUUCCUAAUAUCGCCGCUAAUAAUCGGUCUAUCUCUAGAAUACAGUAUUCCUUCAUCAACACCACAGAACAUCUGCCUGUGGUGCCUUCAAGAAGACUUAAUUUCUGUGAAGAAGCAUCCAGAAAGGAACAGAAGUGAAUGAGAUGCGAGGGGUGUGUGACCAUUGUUUCAGUGUUUCCCCAUCAGGUAAAUAAAGAUGAGCAUGAUAUCCAAGUAGAUCAUCAGAGCGGCGGUGACAUACUCCUCUGGGUCCAGGCGGUAACUCAGCACGCCCAUCAUCAAUUGGCAAUCCACCAUCAGGAACUGAAGGAGGAAAAGAAUGUUUUCAUGUGACAAUUCCAAACCAUUCCAAGCACUCAUUUGAAACUAAUCAAGGCUUGAGACCAUCACCUGAAACCCUUUACAGAGUGAAAUCUUAACACAGGAUUAAGACCUUUAUAGCCAAACACUUACAGUAUAUGAAAACCUUACACUAAAAAUCUACAGCCUUGAAAACUUAAUCAUAAACCCUAACCCUAGUUUGAAAGUGUAACCUAGGUUUUAAAUCUGAAUUGCAGGCCAACCCUGGUUUAAAACCUGAAUUUGAAACCAUAACACUUGCUUCGAAACCUAAUUACACUGUAAAAAUAAUACGUCAACCUAUUUCAAUUGCAUUAGCAAAUUAUUGCCGAAAACUCACAAUUUUAGGUAAACAGAACUUAUGCGAAGUAGCGAAUAAUCAAAUAACAACUUACCACGGAAAACAUAAACAUUUAAGUAGUGCAAACUUACAAUCUUAAUUAGCACCUAUUGAAAGUUUUUUUUUUUCCAAUGUAGAUGGCCUGAGGAUUCUCCAGAGCUUCAGAGACACUUUAAAUUUGUAUUCUUAACUCUCCCACCUUAUCUUGAAAUUGUAAUACUGUACAAGUUUGAAACAUUUAUUUGAAAUCUUUACUCUUAUCUUCAAAGUUUAACUUGAAAAACUAACCAGUUUAAAACCCAAAUCUAGGCUUUAAACCUGAUUCCUAGAAACCAUCACCCAUCUUGAAAUUUCAAAGAAUUUAAUGAGGAACCUGCAUAGACUUCACGAUCAGUUGACGAGACAGCUCCUACAGACAUUGAGCCACGGCUUCUCGUAGAGGGCCGGGCCAGGCAGAGCAUCGUGGCAGCUUUCACUGCGACAAACUCAAACGCGCUGUGUUCUAACACCGGAUUUAGGUGGAGACAGGACGAAAAUUUUAGUGUAGUGCAUACAAGCAGGCAGGAGUGUCUUGAUUGAUUUGGUCAAGGAUUCAUUCAAGGUAAUUGCUAUAUAAAAUAGCACCAUGCAUGCGCUUUGAAACGUGAAAAAAAAUUAGAAAAAUCUGCAUAACUUUAGCUUGAGAUUUUUAGGUCAAAUGAAUGAUAACUGUCUGUUUUUUUGCUUUUAACCAAGGAUCGACUGUUUUACGUUCAUAUCUAUAGAGAUCCAGGGUUUUACGCAUUUAUUUCCAAGAAUUUUUAACUUAAAAAAACUCUUUGUUUUGAUGGCCGCCAUGUUGGAUUUUGUAUCCAUACACAAUAGCGUAACUUUACAUUCAAACAAUCAGGUAAAUUUUGGCCAACUGCCCGUUUUUUGGGGGGGCAAAAAAAAGAAAAAGCUAAUAAUUUAGACACAUCGGUGUCUAUACAAAUAAAUCGGCUUUUACAUGUUUUAUUUCAUGUAACAUUUCAAUCUAAAAACGACGAGGGCCAUAUAGCUGGCAAGGUGUGCUGAGGCAAUAUUGACAUCGGAAUUCAACCUAAAGCAAAAUUUGCUUUUGUUGAGGAAAAAUUAAGGGGAUUCUGCAUGCUGUCCUCAAGUAUUAAGUUUCUGAUGUGAAAAUCGAGUGAUUUAUUAGCUGUUGGAAACUAAGUCAAAAUUUUAUUUUAAAAAAAGUUGCAAUUUCGAGCAAAAACGUACAUGAUAUGUUAAAUAUUGCUAUCGAUCCUGAAAUUAUGGUGAUUAUCUCUACAUUUGGUGAUGUUUGUGCAUCUAGCGAUAAAAUCUGAGAAUUUUAUAGCCAUUUCAAAUUUUGUUAUACUUUUAUAAAAAAAUAACAUAUGGGAUUUUAUUAGGGAAUGACUUUGAAGUUUUUGAUGCCACUGCUUAUGGAGACUCAUAUAUGCCUAAGGGAGGUGCCUGUUUUGGUAUUAGGUCGCGAGCAGCUUUGGUUUAGAAAAUAUUUGAAUUUUAAGUUUUGGAAAAUAGGCCCCCUACAGAGCGGCCCCGCGUUUCCCGUCAACUGAUAGUGAAGUCUGUGGGACCUGUUACCAACAUCCCCAAGGGGCCACUGUGCUUUUUCAAUAUGACCCGCAUUACAAAGAUAGCGCAGAAGUUGUGCAGAUAAAAUAGAGAGAAGGCAGGUGUUGGCGGAGUUGCGCUGGAGCGCCGUGUUGAGUGGCUGUAAGUCCACAGUUUUUUUUUGUUUGUUCAUAAAAAGUCUCCACUGUAAGAGCCAUCCGUCGCAUCCAUGUGGUUUUAUACACCUCGCCGGAGUCGCCGUCCCCUUGAAGGAAGAAGUGGACCGAGGGAUGACGAAUGAGCCGCAAGAAUCACCAGUCCAGUCCCUACUAUGGUUCGGGGUUGAGAGCACCCCUGUACCAAACAGUCAAAUUGGUAACAAAUCCAAAGACUCUAACUUUUUGGUCUCACCACUUUGCUGAACCGUGUCGCAACGGAUCAUAACUUAAAUUGAAACCCUAAUACAGGCUUGACACCCUUCUUUGAUCAACAAAGUCAUUAGUUCUUACCAAUGAGUACAGCAGAGCGCCCAAACAGCCGUAGACGACCUGAGUGAUGUACAAGUAGUAAAAGCCACUGAAAAUGCCGAACAUCAACAAGUCCACCACCAUGAUGAGCAGCAGACCGUAGCAGCAGGAAAAUUCAUAGCGCGUCUGCAGGAGGGAUCAAUCCCAUUAAAAGACAACUCUCCUCAGAAAAGCACAGAUAUGGGUCAAUAGAUCAGUUAAAACCUUACCUGUGCGGAGAAGGCAAUAAUUGUGAGGGAAAUGGCCAAGGUGGUCGCCAUGGUGAUGAUGACAGCACGGGUAUCAUGGUAGGAUGCCAUGGUGCCCACCACGUAUGACAGACUUAUUGUCACAAUGGCCUGAGGACGCCAAAAAGGAAACAGACUUGAACCUUGGUUUGAGACCUUAACUCACAGUUCAGAACCAAAUUUGAAACUUUAACGCUGUCUUGAAACCCUUAGUUUCUACAGAAUAGAACCCUCAAUGGCACCAGAAAAGGAUAAGAGGAUUUAGAGUUGAUUCCUGUGGAAAGCCGCGAUAUACAGUACAUCAAUAGAAAAAAUAGUCAACAUUUGGGGGUGAACCCACCAGACCAAUGAGAUUCCAGGGGUGUUUCCGUCGGAGGGACUUUGCACAGUUGAGUGCAAUGCUGACAAUGGCAAAGAUGAGGAAGGAGCUGACGUAUAUCCAAAUGUUCUUCUGUACUACCCUUUUAACAACUGGCGAGAAUGUGAAAACACAUACCACGCUGAACGUGAACACCAGCUGAAGGGUCAGGAUGGAAAACACCUGCAGAGAGACACCCAUUCAAUCAAAUGAGUCAUUUAUAUAUAUUUUUAUCGUCAUUUCCGAGGUAUGAUGCAUUUUUUUCUACAAAUGUCAUUUAAAAAUGACAAGGACAUUCGACACUGUUGAUUACAACAUACUACUCAGCAGAUUGGAACAGUGGGUAGGGCUUACCGACACUGUUCUACAGUGGCUCACAUCUUAUUUACAUGAUAGGGAUUUCUUUGUGUCAGUCAGAACGAACCAAAUUCACGUGUUGAGUCCCUCAAGGGUCAAUUCUUGGACCACUCUUAUUUAACAUCUAUAUGCUUCCCCUAGCUCAGAUUAUGGAACAGUAUGACAUCUCCUAUCACACCUAUGCAGAUGACACAACUCUACAUUUCAGUGUCCCCACAUGGUUAUUGUCUCUUUGUCUCCCUGAGUAAAUGCAUUCAUCAAAUCAAUGAAUGGAUGUGCCAGAAUUUUCUCCAGUUAAAUGUGGAGAAGAUAGAAGUGAUCAUUUUUGGGCCAAAAAAGGAAAGGUCAAAGAUAAGCAGGCACCUUAGCACAAUGUCACUUACAGCUACAAAUCAAGUCAGAAACAUUGGCAUAAUUAUUGAUUCAGACCUAAAAUUUGAUAGCCAUCGUCUGUCACUAAAUCUGCUUAUUACCACCUAAAAAUAUAACCAGAAUUAAGGGGCUUCUGACUCAACAAGACAUGGAAAAACUUAUGCAUGCAUUCAUUUUCAGCAGAUUGGACUGUUGCAACGGUGUAUUUACAGGUCUUGAUAAAAAAUCAGUCAGGAAGCGGCAGCUAGUACAGAAUGCUGCAGCCAGAGUCCUCACAAAUACAGGGAAACUGGACCACAUUGCACCGGUUUUGAAAUCGUUACACUAGCUUCCAGUAAGUCAAAGGAUAGACUAUAAAAUACUACUGCUCGUCUACAAAACUCUCAAUGGCCUUAGAUCAAAAUACAUGCUUGAUUUGUUAGAUUCCUAUGAAACAUCUAGACCCCUAAGGUCGUCUGGAACCGGUCACCUGUAUGUUCCAAGAACAAGAACCAAGCAGGGUGAGGCAGCAUUUAGUUAUUAUGCUCCUCACCUCUGGAACAAGUUGCCCGAAGGUCUGAAGUAUGCUCAAACUGUUAGCUCCUUUAAAUCAGGGCUAAAAACGCUUUUGUUUUGCACUGCAUAUCCAUAACUGUCUAUAUUCAUUCAUUUUCUAUUUCAAUCUAUUUGCUUUCUAUUCCUCUUGUACUUAUCUCCAUUGCUUAUUUCAACUACUAGUAGUAGUAGUACAGUAUUUGUUUUUAUUUAUUUAUUUAGUGUAUUUAUUUAUUUUAUUUUAUUUUUCUAUUCGUGAUUAAAUGUGAUUUUUAUGUAUAGUUUUAUUUCCUGUUUCGAUUGUCUUUGUUUUUACCUUCUAUUGAUUUUAAUGUGAUUUUUAUGAUCUUCAUGUGACGUAAAGCACUUUGAAUUGCGUUGUGUUGAAUUGUGCUAUAGCCUAUAAAUAAAUUUGCCUUGCCUAAAAAACUAAUAUGUGUGUUAUAUAUUGGUGUAACGUUGUUGAAUUGUAUAGACAUAUACCCAUGUAUUACUAACCUUGCGAACAAAAGCCCUCCUGACCGUCUUAUCGUCGAAAGCUGACGUCUCAGCGAGCGGGGGAUCC